AUGACGGCAACUGAUGAAAUUUUCGAUGUGAUCAUUGUUGGAUGUGGUUCUGCUGGCAUAGCAGCAGCUAUUGAUUUACAGACAGUUCCGCAACUUAAAUUUACCAUUGUCGAAGCUCGUGAUCGUGUUGGAGGCCGUGUUUCUACUGAUAGAACAACAUUUGGUACAGACAAACCUGUCGAUUUAGGUGCACAAUGGAUACAUCAUUAUCGUUCUGAACAUCCUUUACAUAAAUACAAUGAAUUAUGUACAGAUAUUCAUACAAAAAAUUAUUUUUCCUCUCGUUCAUCAGGAACACAAUUUUGUGAUAUUGAUGGUACAAAAAUAGGCUCCGACAAAGUUUCUGACGCUGAAAAGAUUUUUAACAAUUUAUAUCGUACUAUUAAAGAAUCAUCACCCAUAAUAGAUAAAUCAAUGCUUGACGUUAUUAAAACUGAAUAUAAUAGUUAUGAGAAUAAUCCCCAAAUAAAACGGUUACUUGAUUUGUUCUUUGGUAAUAUUGAGCAAUAUGAAGGAUCAAAUAUCGAUGAACUAUCAGCAAAAUCAUUUUUUAAUUCCGAUAAUGGCAUGAUCGAAUAUAAUUUAGCUCUACCCAAUGGUUUCGGUACAUUUUUGGAGCAACUGGUUCUACAUUAUCAAUUACCUGUUCAACUUAAGUGUAUUGUUACUCGUAUCGAUGCAUCAUCUUCAGAUUCUAUCGUUCGACUAUCUACACGAGACGGACGAACAUUGCAAUGCAAAUAUGUUCUUAUUACUAUUCCUCUCGGAUGUUUAAAAGCUCGUUCCAUUGAGUUUAUACCAGAUCUGCCUGAUUGGAAACAGAAAGCAAUAGAUGUUAUGGGUAUGGGUUUAGCAGAUAAAAUUUUCGUAGAAUUUCCAUAUGUUUUUUGGGACCCAACACUGCCUUCAAUCUAUUGUACAUCUCCUCAAUUCCGCUUUAUUCUAUGUCGACCCAAUGAUUGUAUACUUCAGAUUAAAAUUGCAGCUCGAAUUGCAUAUGAUAUCGAACAGAAAGAUGAUAAACAAACAAUCGAUGAAUUCAUGAAACUUUUGAGAACUAUUUUUUCCGAUCAAGAAGUUCCUGAGCCGACUCGAUUCCUUAUGACAAGAUGGGCUCAAGAUCCAUUUGCAAGAGGUGCUUACUCAAAUUUUGGCGUAGGUUCAGACAAGCAAACGUUACUUGAUCUUGCUCGAGAGUGUCACAAUCGAAUACAUUGGGCAGGCGAACAUACAAAUCAUGAUGGAUCGAUUGGUUGUGUAGACAGUGCUUUCGAAAGUGGGCAACGUGAAGCAAAAAAGCUAAUAGAAAAAUUGAAAGAGUAG